AUUUUCUGCUGGCCUAUCCCUAGCUGACGACGACAGGGAAGGUACCUUUCUUCAACUUUUCCGGUAAAAGGACAAUACUUCUUAACACUAAUCAUGGCUCUUCCGAACACAUUUAGAAAGAUGAUGAUCACCAAACUCUCGACUAACUUCAGAGAAGCAGUCAAGAUCAUGACUGUUCCUAUGAUAGAACCAUCUGAGAAUGAAGUCAUCAUGAGAACAAGGUAUGUUGGUAUCAAUGCAUCCGAGAUCAAUGCUUCGGCAGGAAGGUAUGCUAACACUGGUAAACCCCCCUUUGGUGCUGGAAUGGAGAGUGUGGGAGAGAUCGUGAGUGUUGGUAGCGGAGUAAAAAACCUUCAAGUUGGACAGGCCAUAGCCAGCAUGACAUGGGGGGCCUUCUCUGAGUACACUGCUGUGCCAGCAAAAAUGGCCAUCCCUCUGCCGGCGGCUAAACCAGACUUUGUAACUCUGAUGGUCAGUGGGAUGACAGCUGAUCUUAGUCUGGCUGAGGUUGGUGACCUGAAGAAGGGAGAAAACGUUUUAAUCACAGCCGCUGCUGGAGGAACUGGCCAAUUCGCAGUCCAGUUGGCCAAGCUUGCUGGAUGCCACGUCAUUGGAACAUGCUCAACAGAUUCAAAAGUAGAAUUCCUAAAGAAAAUUGGAUGUGAUCGACCUGUCAAUUACAAGAAAGAGAAUCUCAAAGAUGUGCUCAGAUCAGAGUACCCGGAAGGAAUUGAUGUUGUCUAUGAAACCAUAGGAGGAGAGAUGUUUUCUACUUGUCUCAAGGCCUUAGCCAACAAGGGUAGAAUCAUUGUUAUUGGAUUUAUUGAGAGCUAUCAGAAAGAGGGCGCCCUGGCUCCGAAGAAUGAAGCAUCAUGGUCCGGAAUAGUACUCCAGAAGUCUGCAUCCAUUCGAGGGUUCCUUCUCUUCCAUUUUGUUGACCUCUGGAAGCGAUCUUUGACCAAUCUGACCCAGCUGCUGAUUGGAGGUCAACUCAAGGUCAGUUACGACCAGGGCAAGCAUGACCCCAAGGGACCGUUCACUGGCCUAGAAGCUGUCUAUGACGCUGUAGAUUACCUUUACACCAAGAAGAGCGAAGGCAAGAUCGUAGUGGAAAUCAACCCAGAAGAAAAGCCUAAGCUGUAAAGACAUCGCAUGAAGAAACUGGCAGGUCAUAUCUGUCUGUUUAUUGAUCAGGUUAUGAUAAUACAGUCUUUGAUGCCAAAAUGACAAACCAUUCGUAAUCAUUAAUGAAACUGCUGCACUUGGGCACCUGACCCAAUGUCUCUGCUGUCGCCCCCAAACUAUAUUGUAACACGCAAGAUGUACAUGUAAUGUGCGAAGGAACGAAAAGCUGUAGCAAUAAACUUGGCCACUUGUAAAGACCCUCUGAAGACUCACUACCAAGAGCCUCAUAUGCCCUCUAAGACCGAGUGCUUCAUUCUAGUAACCGUCAUAUUACAACAUCUCCUACAUCUAUUAGCAGGAGUCGUGAUAUACAUCUAAAAGGCAUUUUGCAUCUUUUCAGACCGACUUUUCCAGCAUCCUGCUCUUUCGUCAGCAUGGUCAGUGAUGGAAAGUGAAGAUUUGCGAUGAAAAGAUGCAUGUGGGAUUUCUUUGCGAUUGAUGAGAUUGUGACUUUUGAUAUUUAUUUCUUUUAAUUUGGGACCUGUUUCACAGACUUCUUCCUGAAGCAGGUUACACUGUACUAUGUAAAUUGAUAAAGGUAAAUUCCAGUUUUGGUAACGAUCUUAAAUUGACUUUUUACAGAAUCUAAUAUAAUGACCACCCAAGUGUCU